AUGACUUCGAUGAAUGCUAAUGUUCUGCCACCAGAGCGUUCAUUCCGUGAAGUAUCUUCUGCUGUCAAUCCAGAGAAUCAUUCGAACGCGAUUCCAGCUCGACGUCGUCAAAAUGAUGCGGAUGAUCCGACCGUUCAUUUGAAAAAGACGAGAUUAAUCUGUCUCGUAUCUAUAUUAUCUUCAAGGAAUGGAGUCCGAAUAUUUGCUAUGUUCACAGUGAUCAGCAUGGUCAUUGCAAUUUUAAUAGUUUAUUUCAGGUCACCCAAACCACUAGGUAGAACAUGUGAAUUCAUUCUAAAAUCAGAAGCCUACAGUUCUAUUAGAGAUGAUUCUCUUCCGCAUUCUAUCGCCGUCGCUGAUCUCAAUAACGAUGGUCUUCUCGAUAUUGUCGUUCCAAAUUCGGGCGCAAAUAAUAUAGGAGUAUUUCUACGGAACAGUAAUAAUACAUUCAAAGCUCAAACGGUAUAUUCAACUGGUCUUCGUUCAAUUCCUUAUGCGGUAGCUGUUUCUGAUUUUAAUAAUGAUCAACGAAUCGACAUAGCUGUAGCGAAUUUUGGCAAUAAUAACGUGGGUAUCUUUCUCGGAACAGACAAUGGUACUUUCAGAUCGCAAACAAUAUUUUCUACUGGAUCAUCUCGUCCACGAUGCCUUGCUACCGGUGAUUUCAAUAAAGAUGGAAUAAUUGAUAUAGUGGUUGUCAAUUAUGGCACUAACGACAUUGGUAUCCUUCUCGGAGAUGGAAGAGGAAAUUUUAUCAAAUGGACAACUUUUCCCACCGGUUUUGAUUCUAUUCCGUAUUCACUUGCUAUUGCUGAUGUUAAUCAUGAUAAUGAACUUGAUAUUGUCGUGGCUAAUUAUGGUACUAACAACGUGGGUGUUUUACUGGGUCUUGGAAAUGGAUCAUUCAUGAGCCAGACUACCUUUUAUAUUGCCUAUAAUUCUGCUCCAUAUUCAGUUACUGUUCACGAUUUAAACAACGAUACUCACAUAGACAUCAUUGUCGGAUGUUCCAACACCAAUUAUGUUGCUGUUCUAUUGGGUUUCGGGAACGGACUUUUCUCAUUACCGACAAAAUAUUCAACCGGAAACAAUUCUUCACCCCGAUCGAUAACCAUCGGCGACUUUGACAAAGACAAUAAAGUUGACAUCGCUGUGGCCAACUAUGGCACUGCGAGUGUGGGUAUAUUUUUCGGAUAUGGAAACGGUACCUAUUCACAUCAAGUGACAUUUUAUACGAGCUAUGAUUCUCUUCCAUACGCGAUUGUGAGUGGUGAUAUCAAUAAUGACACUCGAUUAGAUAUAGCUGUAGUCAAUUAUGACUAUAACUAUGUUGAUAUUGUUCUUACAUAUAGAAACUAUAGUUUUUCAGACCAAAUUACGUAUCCAACAAUUGAUGUUGAUUCUCAACCGAUUUCUAUCGCUGUUGCUGAUUUCAACAAUGAUAAUCGACCGGAUUUUGUGGUCGUCAAUAAUAACGCAGAUAAUAUAAAUGUAUUUCUCAAUGAUGGUAAUAAUACAUUUUUGAACCAAACUACAUAUUUAACUGAUUCUCAACCGUUAUCAGUUGCCGUCGGUGAUUUUAAUAACGAUACUCACCCGGAUAUUGUCGUUAUCAGUGUUGAAAGUGGUACGAUUGGUAUAUUUUUUGGAUUUGGCAAUGGGAUAUUUUCAAAUCAGACAAUCCUUUUAAAUGAUGAUAGUUCUCAACCAUAUACCGUUGCUGUUGGUGAUUUGAACAACGAUAGUCAACUUGAUAUUGUCGUCGCCAAUAAACUGAGUGACAAUAUAAGUAUAUUUUUUGGUUAUGGAAAUGGUAGUUUUUCAGAUGCACAAACAUAUUCAACUAAUAGCGGAUCCAGGCCAGUAUGGGUCGGCAUUGCUGAUUUUAACAAUGACAAUCGAUCAGAUAUCGUCGUCAUCAACGGAGUCAGUGGUGACGUGGGUCUAUUUCUUGGUUACGAUGAUGAUACCUUUUCGUAUCAAAUCGUAUUUUCGGUUGGUACUGGUGCUGGACCAAAUGGCGGUGCCAUUGGUGAUCUAAAUGCUGAUGGUCGAAUGGAUAUCGUUGUCAACAUUUAUUAUAAUCGUGCUUUUCAGAUUCUUCUUGGCUUUGGGAAUGGAACGUUUGUCAGUAAAACUAUAUAUUCGGUUGGUAGUCUUUCUCGACCAUCUUGGUGCACUAUUGCUGAUUGGAACAAUGAUCAACGAUUAGACAUCAUCGUUAGUAGUUGUGAUACGAACAAUAUACAUAUGUUUGUUGGAUAUGGUGAUGGAACGUUCCUCAGUGAGCAAGCUUAUUCAACUGGUGACGGUUCUUGUCCAUUAGCGAGUGGCUCGGGUGAUUUGAAUAACGACGGAUUAUUGGAUGUCGUUGUCGUUAAUUCCAGAACGAAUACAGUAGGUGUUUUUCUCGAAUUUACUUAUAUGAAUGGCAUUCGUGAAGCGACAUAUGCAACUGGAUCUGCUUCUCAUCCACGAGCGAUUGGCCUUGGUCAUUUUAUUAAUGAUGUUCAAUUAGAUGUCGUGAUGGCUAAUUACGGAUUGGGAAAUGUAGGAUUCCUUGAAGGACAUACAAAUGGAACUUUUCCAAUACAGACAAUGUUUUCGACUGGUGUCUUAUCUUUUCCGACUUCGAUUGCCAUUGAUGAUUUAAAUAAUGACAAUAAACUAGAUAUUGUUGUCGCUAAUCCUUCAAUUGGUAAUCUAAGCAUUUUUUAUGGAUAUGAAAAUGGAAGUUUUGCAAGUCAAAAAACCUAUUCAGUUCAACCCGGUUCUUUUCCACAAUCAGUAAUCUGUGGUGAUUUCAAUAAUGAUAAGAAACGUGACAUUGCUGUCGUUUAUUCUGGCAGUAAUAGUGUAUCAACACUUUUGAGAUAUGAUACUGUAGUGUUGAAAAAGCAAGCAGAAUAUUUUACUGGUACCAGUUCCUAUCCGCAUGCAGUAUCAGUAGGCGAUUUCAACAAUGAUGGUUGGUCAGACUUCGUGACUGUUAACCGAGGUAGUCAAAGUAUCAGUAUUUUUCUGGGAUUAGGCAAUGCCACGUUCUCUGGUCCAACAACCCAUGCAGCUGGUACAGGAUCGCCAUCCUAUGGAAUCGUUGUUGGUCAUGUCAACAAUGAUACCUACCUAGAUAUCGUUGUUAGUCAUUACUGGAGAAACGCUGUAAGUAUUUUUCUCGGUUUUGGUAACGGAACAUUUUCGAGCCCAACAAAUUAUUCAACUGGUGAUCCGUGUUAUCCAAUAGGUGUUGGCACUGGCGAUCUCAACAAUGAUGGUCAACUGGAUGUUGUCGUUGCUUGUGAUAAAAUUGGUGGAAUAAGUAUCCUCCUGGGAUACGGCAAUGGUACUUUCGGCAGUGCAGAUGUCCAUCCUAUUAACCCUGGUGUUAGUGGUGCAAGAUACGUUGCAAUUGCCGAUUUUAAUAAUGACAAUAAUUUAGAUAUUGUUCUGACCAAUGCUGGGACUUCCAGUAUACAUAUUUUUCAAGGGUAUGGUAAUGGGAUUUUUUUCCUAGCAUACAACUAUACAACCGGCGUUAGGUCAAGUCCACGACCAGUCGCCGUCUCAGACUUGGAUAAAGAUGGUCAAAUGGACAUCAUUGUUGGCAAUUCGGGCUCAGAUAAUAUUUGUGUGUUUUUUGGAUACGGCGAUGGUUCUUUUUCUGUUCCUACAUUCCAUCCAAUUGAAAAUGGUUCUCUCUCAUAUGGACUUGUCAUUAAUGAUUUUAAUAACGAUGGUCAACUGGAUAUCGCCGUUGCUAAUUAUGGAAGCAAUAAUUUAGCCAUUCUUCUUAAACUGGUUAAUCGUACGUUUUUCAAUCCAUUGACAUACUCUACUGGUGAUUAUUCUCAACCAUCUUUUCUCGCUGUUGCUGAUUUCAAUAACGACAGUCAUUUGGAUAUUGUCGUUCCCGAUUCGGGUAUUAACAGUGUCAGCAUAUUUCUUGGAAACAUAAAUGAAGAUUUUUUAAUUGCACCAGAUUAUCCCGUUGAAUUGUCUUCGCAACUGACGUCAAUCGGCGUGGGAGAUUUUGAUAAUGACACUCAGUUGGAUAUCGUCGUUGCUGAUAAUGCUACGAACAAUAUUAUGAUCAUAUUUGGAUCUGGUUACGGUACUUUUACGAGACAAAACAGCUAUUCAACUGGCAAUAAUUCGCAUCCAUGUUCGGUUGCUGUUGGUGAUUUUAAUAAGGACAAUCAACUGGAUAUUGUCGUAGCAAAUUCGGGCGCUAACAAUAUCGGGGUUUUUCUUGCCAAUAGCAGUGGAACAUUUCUAAGUCAAAUGGUUUAUUUGACUGGCUCUCAUUCUCAACCAUAUUCCGUUGCUGUUCUAGAUUUCGACAACGAUACACAAUUGGAUAUUGCUGUAGCCAACUAUGGUAGUAGCAGUGUCGGUGUUUUUCUGGGUCAUGGCAAUGGACACUUUUCGGAUCAAAUGAUAUUUUACACUGGUUUUAAUUCACAUCCUUUUGGACUUGCUGUCGGUGAUGUUAACAAUGAUAAUUUCACCGAUAUUGUUGCCAGUAAUAAUGGAUAUGGCAAUAUAGAUAUUCUCAUGAAGAUCUGUUAG